AUGAAAAUCGUUGCCUGCGAGGGAAAGACUGUUAAGCCAACUGGAGCUGCAUCAGACGCUGGGCGCGAUGGCAGGGGUGGCCCUGAAGGCUCUAAUUCUCCCGAGCACUGUAGUUCCGGGGGUGGUCUUGGCAGGAGUGGGGUGGGUGACCCUGACGAUGCAGAAAAAUCUUACCAAUCGGCUGAUGAACUGACAGACUAG